AUGGAGAGUGCUCACAUCCUCCACAUAGAAAUGACAGUGUUGGAGAAGCAACAGAACAUGCAGGAUAUAUCCACCAUCCACCAUGGAUGGGUUCGAAGGUUCACGGCCAGAUCAUGGGUGGUGGCCGAAGCUUGGCCCAUGAUGUGCCAACCAAACAGCAGCAGCUCUAGUGAAAAUUCAGGUCCGGGGACUCAGCGUGAACAUGGCAGCCCUUUGAGUUUGGAAAUGAAAAGCGACCUGUCAGCCACAUUUGGGAACCACAGCAUCUGGGACCAAUACAUUGAUGUAGGAUUUGUGACGGCCAACAGCUUGAUCUUGGGGAUCACGUCGGUCGUCGGCGUCGCAGCAAAUUUGUUCGUCAUCCUGGCAGUCUACUACCAAAAAUCCCUGCGGACGUGGAACAAUGCUCUGGUUGUGAACCUGGCCACGAUAGAUAUUCUCAGAUGUCUGGUCGACUGUCCGGUUCUUUUCACAAUUGUUCUGUUUGUGCACCAGCAGAGGCGUUUGGACCAGCUCAUCUGUGACGCCCAAAUCGUCUCCUUCUCCUUCAGCUGCUGCGUCCAACUGUUAACUCUGGCCUGCAUCAGCGCUGAGAGGUACCAAGCCAUCGCGCAGCCUUUCAAAACUGUGCAGAGACGCCGCAGGAUUAUCGUGUUGAUUCCUCUCACAUGGAUCUUAGCUGUCCUGCUGGCGCUGUCUUCCGUGAUGUUUCUCAAAGACUCUCCUGUUCAUGUGUAUUGCAGAUCCCCACAGGGAGAGGCGUCCUCUUAUGAUACAUUUGGACUUUACACACUUUUCCCUCUGUGGGCGGCCUGCUUUGCCGUCAUUAUCGGAUUCUACACUCGGAUAUUUACCCAUGUGCGAGCACACAAUCGGAAGAUAUUUGACCAGGGGACUGUCCCUGUGUCUGAGAAGAUAUCAGUGCCACAAGAAGAGAAAAACCAAAUGCCACUGGAACUGGUGGAGUUGGAGACAAAAGACGGGUCAAAGAAGGAUUCUGUUGCCUUGCAAGAACCGGAACUUGUACAGAACUGUGCGACAGAGAAGAGAAACCAGAUGGAAACAAAAUCGCCUGAAGGUUCCGGUGAGAACCCAGUGAAAUCUGAGCAGAGUGACAGCGCCACUGAGGGCAAACCGUCCACGGUGGAAGCAAGUGUUGCAAGCUCAAAACCACAGGCAGUGAAAAUCCACAGUGAUUUGGUCAAAACAUGUCCUCUUUCCCUCAUUAAUGGAGGAGAGGCCUUGGCUGUUGCUGCGCUCGAUCCUGGUCUGACUCAAACUGAAGCGACUACAACGGAAGCACAAGUCCUCGGGGCGGUGUGUAUGAUGCCGGCGAAGUCCAGCCGGGAACGAGCAACCAAGAGGAAGGAGAGCAACUUAGCCAAACGUGCCGGCUACAUCAUCCUGACCUUCCUCUUGUUCUGGCUGCCGUUGAUCACCACCAUCCUGCUCAAUUUUGCCGUUCACGAAAACAAAUAUACAGUGAUGACGCUGGAUCUGAAUGUGGAGAUCCUGUCUGUGUCCAUCGCCUGCAUCACUUCACUCAGUGACCCCAUCAUAUAUGCAGCACUAAAUCCUCAGUUCAGGACUGAGUUCCAUCGGCUCAAGAGGAGAGUGCGAUCCCUAUUUACCAAGGAAUCUUGA